GUUGCGAUGCGACGCGCCGCGCAUAGGCGACACUCGCGGGUUACGUUCAGGUUGCAUCUCACGAUCAGCGGCGCGUGCAUCACCGGGACCGGGGGGUGCAGAGAGUGAGAGCGUUUUGGAUCCGCGGCGAGAGCUCCGGUUCGGAGGAAAAUCGAUGGCCGGGGACGAGGUGUGUCGGCAACGACGACGGUGAAUUUACGACGGACGGGCGGACGAACCGGGAACGUGUCCUCGCCGGGUCGCGACGAACCGCGUGGAGCUCGAGAGGGAUCUUCGAUCUCGCGACGCCCUCGCGAAUCCGCCGCCGAUCGUGCACGGGAACAGCGCGCACCUUUGCCUCGCACCCGGGCGACGUUGCAUCCUCUCGGCCUCGCGCGCGUCGACCGUCCCUCUCAUCAUGGUACCCGAGAACGUCAGCGUGCAACAUCGGCGAUCCACUGGCAAUCGCAACGUCCGCGGCACCAGCGUCCAACGGAACCUACACGCGAUGUAUCGGGUCAGAGUCUGCAAUCCGGAUUAAGGACGGAGGACGAUGACGACGUGCUGGACGGGCCAGGAAAGUCGUAGCGCAAACGCAGUCUUGUUGCACCAUGACGAGCGCACCGCGGGGACUGAUAUCACACGGCUGAAGCCGCCUUGUGAAAUCGCCAUUAAUCGCACGGCCUUCGGACGCGAUACGAAGCUUCCGCGGGAAAAACGAUCGCGCGUGGCGUGCACGCUCCAGUACGACGCCGACCGUCGCCGGGUGAGGAGCAACUGUUGUCACUCAGCCGUGCCCCCGGCGUAACCGGUCGACCGACCUAAGCUCACGUUUUCCCGGUAAUCGGCCCCCACGUCGUGCAAGCGGUAAAAUCAGAGAGGACAGAGGAGAUCAGAUCGACGCCCUUCUUGGAGGAAACAGGUGCGCGCCAUACGAUAUAAUAACUCGAACAGGCUUGACAGGAAAAUUGCGCGGAGAUCGGACAUACAAAAAAAAAGAAAAAUGCAGAACGUAUUUGAGGUCGACGAUAACGAUGUCAUUUAUAAGGAUGUUGUCAUCAUAGGAAACGGACCCAGCGGAAUAUGUCUGUCGUACAUGCUCGCCGGAAACUGGCCUUACUACACCGGCGAACCUCAUCCCGGCGAUGAUAUGCUGACAGCGCGAUUGCGGUUCUGCACGACCGGCAACGAGGAGUGCGGCGACACGUCGGACGACGCCAACACCGACGUGACCACCAACAAUCGUCGUCAGUGCUCCAAGUCCGGCGUCGGCAGGACGCAGGGAGGCGGGCUGGCCCGCAGCACGCGGUGCAAACUCGAAUGCCUGUCGUCCGGCAUCGAGGGCAGGGGCGGCGGCCGGCCGCUGGCUCUUCUCAUGGACCAGCUGCAGCAUCCGUGCGUCGACGCCGGUCUCGAUGUGGCCUCACUUCUCAAGUGGAGCUCCGUCGACGAGCGUCCCGAGCACAGGAUCGUGGACCACGUCGUCCUUGGCAAGGGCCAACCCGGCGGUGCCUGGCAGUCUAUGGACCCCAAUGUACUAACUAUCAGUCUGAGCCGAUGGAUGUCACUUCCCGACUUGGAUCUGAGGCAUUGGGAGGAACUCGUCGAGGUCGAACAGUUACAGAAGUCGGUUUUAGCCGCGGAGAGCAACGUGUAUGCGCGGCUGGAAAAGGCCGUUUGUAAGGCGUCUAGUCGAGUUUCCGUAGGCACCGUCGCCGCUUAUUACAAGGACUACAUACGCAGGAAAGGCUUGAAACAAUACUUCCGAUGCGGGACCACAGUUACUUCAGUAAGACCGAACUCGGAUUCGCCCGAGAGCAAGGGAGGAUACAAUUGGAUUGUAGACGGGUAUGAAAAUAAAAAUGGAAAGCGAUUUCGGUAUCGGUGCAAAAGGGCGGUUCUCGCGACCGGCACGACCGAUUUAUCGAAUCAUCUGGAUAUUGCAGGAGAGAACACGAAUCCCACAUGGGUGACGCACGAUCUCAAUGAUCUGGAAACUCGAUUAGGACGUUUGGUCAGCGAGCAUGGCAAAGAUUCGACGGACGAGCAGAUCCCACCCGUGUUGGUAGUCGGAGCUGGUCUGAGCGCGGCCGACGCGAUUAUGGCCGCGCGCUUCCGAGGCAUACCCGUGCUGCACGCAUUCCGCAAUUCGCUGAACGAGUUGGGCAAGCAAACCGCCGAGAGGAUAACUACUAGCUACGAUCGAUUGCAAUGGCUGCCGGAUUCCAUAUAUCCGGAGUACCAUAAAGUAUACGAGAUGAUGGCUGACGGAGGUACAAAUUAUCCUCUGUACAAGUCAUUGCCGGGAUACACGCUCGUCAGUCUCUGUGAGAAUCGCGAGAAUGGAAGCACGAGCGCGAGGAGCAGGACAGCCACCCUCUCCGCUCCGGACGGUCAGCUGCACACGUUUGAAGUAUCCAUCGCGGCUAUUCUCAUCGGAUACAAACCAGAUCUGUCGUACUUAGAAGGCGGCGGCGCGGGAUUGGGCAAAUCCGCGGACAAGCCGAUCGAUAGCAAAUCGAAUCCCAUUGAAAUCGACGAUUUCACGUAUGAGGUGAUCAACGCGCCGAUGAAGGGACUCUAUGCAUUAGGACCUCUAGUCGGUAACAACUUCGUUCGCUUCGUUCUGGGCGGUGCGCUUGGAAUUCUGGCGCACAUUCUCUGCACCACAAACACCUGAGAGAUCUGACAGCCACUCGUGCGACUCGAUCGUAUUUUAGCAAAAUUUAUUUUAUAUAUACAUAGACACAUCGACAAAAUGGCAAAUCGUGUGACUUCUGCUCAAUUCGUGUGAGUGUUGAAUGAACUACAUCGCUUAGUUCUUAACAUUUAUAUAUCCGCGCGCGAUCGCUCGGCAAAUCCGUUUGUACAUACUAUUAAAAUUAUUUUUGUAUUCUUUCCAUACUACCCUUCGCGAGGAAACGACCGACUUUUUAAAUGUACAUAACUAUUCCGUCGAGAUAUCUCCUAGGGUGAGAGGUAAAGGGCGAAGAGAUCGUUUACAACGUUUACUCAGCGAGUAGUGACUUAUAACGUGCGGAAAAAAGAUGACAGUUCAAAUGUCUUACUUUAGACCUAUUUUAUAGAUCUGUUCGCGCUUCUUGAUCCAUUCCAUUUGAUAAGGAAAUUGUGUAAGGGGGAUGGUGAUGUUAAUGACUUGCAUCUAAAUUCGACAAUUUCGUCGAAUUUAGAUGCAACAAAGUUGUUGACAUGUUUGUUCAUGACUAUACAUUACAGAUCUCUCCACAAAUACAUCCUCAUUAUAUUCUACACCUCGUAGAGUGUACAGUUAAUAACAUAACUGUUGGAGUCUGUAUUGUAAAACGAGUUUCGCAAAGAAAAACGAGUAAUACAACGAAACUCUUGAUAUAAAUACUGAUAGUGUGUACGUACUUAGGAUUAAUCUGUGUUUGCCUUUUAAUGAUUAAAUAUAAGUUGAAUGCUUUUUUUUAUGCACAUUUAUCUACACACGGUUUAUACAUAGAAGCUUUUAUGAUUUUUAUUUUUAUGAGAUUAGGUUAGGUUAUAUUUAAUGUAUUCUUAGAACGGCCGGACAAUUGUGCUUAUUCAGACGCACAAGCAUUUUUACAUCGCAUAUUUUUAUCUCCUGGCAAUUUGCAAAUGAAAACACAUUUUACAAAGUGA